AUGCUGGCGGCUCUGCGCGUGCUCGUGCCCGCACUCGCUUUCUCGUGCGUCGGCGUCGUCCUCGCGCAAUCCUCGCCCUCGGCCGUCGCGUCGUCGUCGGCCUCGACCUCGACACCUACCUCGACCAGGACCAAGACCACCAUCCAGCUCCCGCCGUUGUUCACCUGCGAGUACGCGACUUGGACCUAUACGGCACCCGCAGGGCCCAAGUACCUCGGGCUGUACCUGUCGGGCACGAGCGACUUCAUCGAGACCUACGCGCUCCCGUCGGUAUACGACGAGCGCACGAACGGCACGUUCUCGUGGCGCGUCGACCUCCCUGCAGGUGCGGGCGUCGCCGCCAUGUUCUACGUCCUGCAGAGCGGCGCCGCCGGGACCGACGGCGACCAGGCGUCGACUCCCGACGCCGUCAUCAACGCGGGCAGCUCGACCGACUGCCUCGGCGCCAACGACCCGGGCUUCCAGGCGGGCAUCCUCAGCCUCGCGUCGUCGCUCGACCCGAGCUUCUCGUACACGGGCGGCAGCUCGAGCGCGACGCCGGGCUCGUCGAGCGGCGGCGGCGGCUCAAGUGGCGGUGGCGGCACGCCCAUCGGCGCCAUCGUCGGCGGCGUCGUCGGCGGCGUCGUCGGUAUCGCGCUCGUCGGCGCGCUCCUCAUCUACCUGCGCCACAAGCACAACCAGGCCGCCCUCGCCCAGAGCGACGGCCUCUCGGUCUACUCGGGCACGACCGAGAAGCGCGAGCGCGCGUCGUUGCACCACUCGCACUUUGGCGGCGCGCCGGGCUCGAGCGCCGGCAUCGCUCCUCCGCCGCAGGGCACCUACUACGCGACCGACGCGCAGGGCAACGUGCACCUCGUCAUGGGCUAUCCCGACGGUCACGAGCAGCCGUUCGUCCCGGCGGCGACCGACCCGACCGUCCUCGAGACGCCGGCGACGCCUGCGAGGCAAAGAGCGCCACCUGGCACUCUGCCCGAGCCCAUGGACGAGCCCUCUCCCGCGUUGCGCUCGUCGCCGAGUGUCGAAGCCGGUCCCGCGAGCGCAGUCGGCGCCCCGACCACCCCGGCUCGCUUGCGUGCGCCGCCCUCGACCGAGCCAUUCACGCCCGUGUCGGAGCGAGACGGCUACUUGGCCCACCACGGCCUCGACGACCCCUCGUCCUUCUCGCCGCUCAGGAGCCAGCGUUGA